AUGGACCCCCGCCUCUUCCAGCAACAGUUUCUUCAGCAACAGGCGCAGCAGCAGCAACAACAGCAGCAGCAGCAGCAGCAGCAACAGCAACAGCAGUUCAACUUCAACCCUCAGUCAAUACCUGGCAUCCCCGGUGGAACUGGAGAUCCAGGUCCUUCCUCGAUGGCGCAACAGCAGCUGCAACAUCAACUCCAGCAACAGCUCCAACAGCAGCUGAUGCAAUCCCAAGCCCAGCAACAGGCGGGCACCGGCGCGCCGGCGCGCCCUCCUUUCAACCCGGCCCAGUUGCAAAAUCUGCAACCUCAGCAGCUCGCAAUGCUCCAGCGCAUGGCGCAGGUCCAGCAGCAGGGCGCCAUGGCCAACGGCGGCCAGCUCAACCCUCAGCAAAUGCAGAUGGCCAUGGCUGGGCUGCAAGCGCAGGCUCAAAACGUCAACCCUCAGCUUCUGGCAGCAGCCAUGCGCGGUGGCAUCCCUCCUGCCCAGCUUGCUCAGCUGGGCCAGUUGGGUCAGCAGCAGCUCGCCAACCAGAUGGGCAUGCCGCAGGGUGCAGCCGGUUUGAAUCAGAACGCCGUGCAGGCGCUGCAAGCGCAGCGGCUACAGCAGUUGAUGCAGCAGCAGCAGCAGCAGCAGCAGGCCCAGCAGCAGGCCCAGCAGCAAGGCCAGCCCGGACAACAGCAGCCCGGCAUGACGCCAGAAAUGGCGGCGCGGUUGCAGAUGCAAGGCCGUAGUUCGCCUGCAGUUGGAUCCCCUGCGCGUCCUCCAGCACUGCAGCCCGGCAGCAUGCCUCCUCCCGCACUUCCAGCAGGUGCUUCGCCUCGCCCACCCAACAUGGCGCCUCCUGGACAGGUUCGACCGAACCCAACGCCCAUGCAAUUGUCUUUGACGCCUCAGCAGCAGCAAAUGAUAUCUCUGCAGCGCACGCAGAUGAUGAACAACCCUCAGUGGAAGAAUCUGCCUCAGCAUCAACAGCAGCAACAGUUGGCGCUGAUGCAGCAGGGGUUGGUUAGGAUGUUCGUCGCGCAACAGCAGCAACAGCAGAUUUUGCAACAGCAGCAAGGACAGCAGCAACAGCAGCCACCGCAGCAGCCCCAGCAGCCCCAGCAGCCACCAACACCACAACAGCAGCAGCCGUCAACCCCUCAGCAGACCAAUCCGCCGACACCUGUUCAGGUCAACCAGAGCCCCGUACCUGCACACCUGUCUGGCAUCCCCCAGCACCUCGUUCCUCAGCGGCCGGCUUCAUCGGCAUCACAACGGGCACCUUCGCCUCACCCCUCGAUGGGACCAGGGUCACCUGCUGUUCGACCAGCGGCCACACCACCUCCCGCGAUGGCGGGCACUCCUCAAGCGACUGGCGCGCCUUCCCCUGCCCCCUCUAACCACUCCAACUUCAACGUCCCACCAACUCCUCAGAAUGUGACGCAGUCGCCGAUGCCUCCUCACGUCGAGGGUAUCCCCGGACAAGUACCAGGCGUGCAGCCUCUGAGCAUCAACGGCCAGCCGGGACAGAGCCCAUUCGGACAAAUGCAGCCGCAGACUCCGCAGGCGAUGAACGCCAUCCAGGCGCUUCAACAGCAUGCCCAGAAUGCCCAGACCAUGCUCCAUGGAGCCCCCAACAACGCCGGUCAGCAAGCACCGCCAGGGUUCCCUCCAGGAGGGUUCCCUCCCGGUGUCCCGCCCGGAGCUCUGCAGAACAUGUCUCCACAGCAUCAGCAACAGAUGGCCCAGGCCAUGAACUUCUUCUCCCAGGCUGCUCAAGGUCAAGGACAAGGUGCUGGCCCUGGGCAGUCACCUAUCCGUCCUCCUGGGGCGCCUGCUGGGAUGCCUGGACCGGGCCAGCCGAUUCGCCCCCCGCCUGGCAUCAACCCUGCCGAGUUCCCAUUCGACGCCAGAUUACUGCCUUACCUGCAACACGUCGGCAACCCCAGAUGGAGAGAGGAGAUGCAGCAGAGAAAUCCGGCUCUUCUGCAAGAAGUGCAAAACGUCGCUCAGCGCAUCCAGAGUGGCCAGAUCCGACCCGAAAUCCUGCAAAGAAUGCAGCAGUUCUUUGUCUACAUGCAGAGACUCAACGCAAACCGACCAGGCGGUCCCGGCCAGCAACCCGGUGCCGCACCACCAGGACAGCCACAGCUCGGCCCAGGUGGGGCACCAGGCUUCCCAGGUGCUCCACCAGCGCAGCCUAACGCUCAGACGCCAAGUGGCAUCCCCCCAGCGCAACAGCAGCGUGUAUGGGGAGCGCAGGGACAGGCUGGGUCUCCAGCUACCCCAACAGGCAUCCGCCCUCCACCCCCACAUCUGCCACCCAAUGUGGGAGCUCCCGAGUCUCCGAGCGCCGCGCAGUCAAGCCUACUCGCACGGCGGGUGUCCGCAAAGCAGCAGGAGAAGGCGGCCCGCGAGACUGCUAUGCCACCACCGACGUUCAUCCCAACACAUGGCGGCACGCCUACUCGGACGCAGCCACCUGAGCAGCCUCCCACGGCCGCCGCUCCCAACGCCCUUCCUGUCAAGGAGUGGGAGGCUGCCCUCCGACUUGACAUUCCUACGACAGGCAUCACGGCGUUGCCCAUGAGCGAAGACACCGACGACAACACCUUCGGUGGCAAGCUGCCGGCAAUGUCGGAGCGCGAAAAGGAAGAUGUCAAGGAGUGGCUCGCGCGCGACAAGGAGUUUGCGACCAAGGUCCCGAAGCACCGAGAGAAGAUGGCCGCAAAGAUUACGCGGUGGGCCGCAAUGGAAGAGAGCCAGACCCCAUGGUGGGUGCUGCGCAAGGGCGAGUCAAUUCGCCGCCCUACCGGAGCCAUCUCCAUCAUCUACCCUACCGAGAAGGCGCAGCAGCGUACCAAGGCCCGCAAGCGCCGCGAGGUUCGGUUUACCCCUCAGCAGCUCAAGUCCAUGGCCGACGUCGAAGACCACAUCGUUCCCGUCCGUCUCGACCUUGAGCACGACCACCACCGGCUGAGCGACACCUUCAUGUGGAACUGCUCCGACACGGUCGUGACGCCAGAGCUCUUCGCCCAAACAAUCUGUGACGACUUCAAGCUUCCCGGUGGCCAGUUUAUCCCCAAGAUUGUGGCAGCCAUCAAGGAGCGCGUGCGAGAGUACCAAGACCAGGUGCUUCCGAUUCACGCCCGUCAACCGGCGGGACCCACUGGACGCGGUAUCAUCGAUCUCGAUGACGCCGAAGGUCACUCGAUCUUGGAAGUCUUCCGCCGCGCUCACGAGAGCGACGACGAGGUCAAGACGGACGAAGGUGCGGAUCAGGACGACUCGCACAUCCGCAUCGUCUCGUUCGACGACGAGGUGGAUGACAAGAUCAUGACCGUGGACGAGGCCAUGGCGUGUCUCCCGGCAACAACCGCCACCGACGACGACGAGCUGCGCAUCCUCAUCAAGGUGGAUAUCAUCGUCGGCACACAAAACCUGUCAGACACCUUUGAGUGGGACCUCAACUCGACAGUGUCGCCAGAGGAGUUUGCCGUCUCGUACUGCAAGGACCUCGGCCUGAGUGGCGAGUUUGUCACGGCCAUCUCGCACGACAUCCACGAGCAGAUUGUCACGCACCAGCGGUCACUUUUCCUCGUCGGCCACACCCCCGGCUCGGGUAGCAUUCUCAACGACGACGUGCGCGGCGCUUUCCUGCCUCCGCUCACUGCGGCGUUACGCAAGGAGGACGUUGCCAUGUCCAACUUUACGCCAGUGCUUGCCAACUUUACCGAAGCCGAUGUCCUGGCGAUCGAAAAGGAGCGCGAGAGGGAAAGCAAACGCAAAAAGCGUGCCACAAGAGGUCGUCGUGGCGUGGUUCUUCCUGAUCGCGAGCCACUCAAGACCUUCCGCACUCUGCUCCACUCUGCCAUCGACGCAAGUGUCGUCGCGGCUGCCGAGGCAACAAUCGUCCCUGCGCCGGUCAUCAACAGCAUGCGACGAGCGGCCGCUAUCGCUGCCCAGGCCAACAUCAACCUGGCUCUGCAAGACCUGCCACUCCCAGCACCCCCUUCGCCCCCUGUUGCGCCGCCAACGCGCAAUCCUCGUGGCCGCCCCCCUCGCUUCCCUCGUGGUGGCUCUAGGGCGUCGCCAAGCUCGACACGGGAAGGCUCUGUCAUCAACGGAGAUCACAGCACACCCACAGUUGGGCACAAGCGUGGUCUGCGCGAAGAGCCGGAGAACGAAGCUGGCUCGCCUCUGCCACCUCGCAAGCGACACAACGGCCGCGUUGCCGACAGCCCGGACGUCCAAGACGUUGUCAAGGCCGAGGACGGUGGGCCGACGCUGGCGCCAGCUGCCCCCACCGACUCGGGCCGCGCCUCGGUCAAGGCCGCCACUCCGGUCCCCAUCAAGUCUUGGCACUGCAAGAACUGCGGCGUGCCCGAGACGCUCGCCGGUGGCAGAGGCAAGAGCCUGAGUGGAGAGUUGGAGCUCUGCGCCAAGUGUGCCGACUACCUCCGCCGCACAGGUCGAAACCGUGAGGUCGAGUACAACGAGGACGAGGAGUACCACCGCAAGCUCGAGGAUGCCGAGGAGGGCCCAGCCGACAGCCAGCCUGCAUUCGAGUUGCCAACUACGGUCGGCAAUGGUACACCCUCGCCAAAGAAGCGCAGCAGGUUUGAUGAAGAGGAGUCGGAUCAGUCGUCCGACUCGGACUCGGCGUCGGACUCGGACUCAGACUCGGCGUCCCGGCGGAAGAAGGCCAAGGCUGCUGCAAAGGCUGCAUCUGCUCGCGCCACGCCGGCGACGCCCGCCCCUCCACCAGUAGCGCCAGUGCCACCUGCGUGGGCUCUCAAGGCACACGAGGACAUGAAGCAAAAGUACUCGGACCACAACUUUGCUAUUAUCCAAAAGGCGCGCGCACCAGAUGCACCAACUUCGGGACCGGUCGAGUGGCGUGUCAAGUGCAUGGACUGCCCCGGCCGCAUCUACACGCUUGGCCCUGGCGAGUCGCUGGCCAACUUUGAAGUGCACUUGAAAAACCGGGCGCACAACGCCAACGUACAGACACGUAUCGAUGCGAGCAAGGGCCGCAAGUGAGCGACGUGAAACACUGAGUCCGCAUUUCAUAUCAUCUCUCAUUGGGCGCGCAUGAGCGCAGACGAGGCGGAUACCCCCAUAUAAACAAACCACGUAGAGCUGUGACAGUACACAGCAUCAAUGGACUGCGGUCCGAGGAGGGAAGAAGGACAUGAUAGAGCCUG